AUGGAUGCAGAAAAACGGAUUGGUCUGGAACGCCACGAAGACGUCUCUCAAGAUGCCGCCGACAUACGAAAGAACUCCCUGACAGCUACUCCAGACGACGAGGCUGCCAAAGUGCUUGGAAACUACGAUGGCCCGCUCACCUGGACCGACGACGAAGAGAAGAAGCUACGGAGGAAAAUCGAUUGGAGACUAAUGCCUAUCCUCUGCAUGACAUACGGCCUUCAGUACUACGACAAGGCUAUGAUUGGUCAAGCAGCACUUUUCGGCCUUACAACGGAGCUAGACCUCAGUAUUGGUAACCGCUACUCAUUCGCCGCAGCCAUCUUCUACUUGGGAUUCAUUGCUGGUGCAUAUCCGUCAAGCUUGUUGGCUCAAAGGUUUCCAAUCGAGCGGGUCGUUUCCGCGACUGUCACCCUAUGGGGCAUCUGCCUCCUAUUGACCAUCACCUGCUUCAACUACUAG